AUGGUCGCCACGCUCUUCCGCAACGCCGUGCGCCCGGCCUCGUCGCUGCUGAAGCCCAGCGCGCUCGCCUCUUCGUCGCGCCUCUCGGCCAGCCCUGCCCUGCUGCGCGGCCUGGCCACCGAGGCCCAGGACACGCGCCCGCAGGCCAAGGCGGUGCCCGUCUCGCCCGCCACCAACGCCUACACCGUCGAGGAGCUGCACGACAAGUCGGCCCAGGAGAUCCUGCGCGAGGGCGGCACCCGCAAGGACGCCGCGCUGCGCCACUUUACCGUCAACUUUGGACCCCAGCACCCCGCCGCCCACGGCGUGCUCAGGCUUAUCCUCGAGCUCAAUGGCGAGGAGAUUCUGAGGACCGACCCCCACAUCGGCCUGCUGCACCGCGGCACCGAGAAGCUGAUCGAGUACAAGACGUACACGCAGGCGCUGCCGUACUUUGACCGUCUGGACUACGUGUCGAUGAUGACCAACGAGCUGUGCUACUCGCGCGCCGUCGAGAAGCUGCUCAACAUCGAGGUGCCGGAGCGUGCCAAGUUUAUCCGUACCAUGUUUGGCGAAAUCACGCGCAUCCUCAACCACUGCAUGGCCGUGCUGUCGCAUGUCAUGGACGUCGGCGGCCUGACCCCCUUCCUGUGGGCGUUUGAGGAGCGUGAGAAGCUCAUGGAGUUCUACGAGCGCGUCUCGGGAGCCCGCCUGCACGCCGCCUACGUCCGCCCCGGCGGCGUCGCCUACGACCUGCCCCCGGGCCUCCUCGACGACAUCUACAAGUGGGCCACCCAGUUUAGCUCGCGCAUCGACGAAAUCGAAGAGGUCGUCACCGGCAACCGCGUCUGGAAGGGACGCACCAUCGGCAUCGGCCGCGUCACGGCCCAGGAGGCCAUCGACUACGGCUUCACCGGCGUCAUGCUCCGCGGCUCCGGCGUGCCCUGGGACAUCCGCAAGGUCGCCCCCUACGACGCCUACGACCAGGUCGAGUUCGACGUCCCCGUCGGCAAAAACGGAGACUGCUACGACCGCUACCUCUGCCGCGUCGAAGAGUUCCGCCAGUCGCUCCGCAUCAUCGAACAGUGCCUCAACAAGAUGCCCGCAGGCCAGAUCAAGGUCGACGACCACAAACUCGUGCCCCCGCCACGCGCCACCAUGAAGGAGUCCAUGGAGUCCCUCAUCCACCACUUCAAGCUCUUCUCCGAGGGAUACGCCGUCCCGCCCGGCGAGACCUACUCGGCCAUCGAGGCACCAAAGGGAGAGAUGGGCGUCUACCUCGUCGCGGACGGCACCAACCGCCCCUACCGCUGCAAGAUCCGCGCCCCCGGCUUCGCCCACCUCGCAGGCGCCGAUUUCAUGGCCAGACAUCACUACAUCCCCGACAUGGUCGCCAUCAUCGGGACCCUAGAUCUCGUUUUUGGUGAGGUCGACAGGUAG